UCUUGGAUUGGUUCUCCCUUUCAUGCUCCUUUUUUUGAUAAGAUCUCUUUGAUUUCUUGCUUGAUUUGGAUCUUUUGUCUGUUGAUGAUGAGAAAUAUGAGCUAUGAUAUAAUCAAAAUCAAGAAUUUUUCCAUUGUUGACGAAGUCUGUUGUUGCUAAGCCCGUUUGCAUUUGCUUAUGUGCUGUGUUUGUAUGAUAUCCCUUUCCAGGUCCCUUAUCGUUGACUAUGUGUUCAUGAAUGCAUUGCUCUUCUUGUUUCGCUUUUGAGCUUAAACGAGAAUGAUUUUGGGUAGUUUACUUGAUAUUUUCUGUUAAAUGAAUGAUUUACGGAAGUGGGAGUCGGACUAGUUUGGUAAAGUCUGAGGAUCAGAUGCUCUUUUAAGACUUUCUGAAUUAGAUUCUUGGGUUCAUUAAUUGAUCUAGACCAGCUUAUAUAUCUGGAAUCUAUGUCUAAUUUCUGCCUUCUGCGUCGUUCCAAAGUAGUUAAAGAUGCUUUUGGAGGCGGCUCUUAACCUCUUAUGUGUAAAUAUUAUGGAUGCAAAUGCUUGAUUGAAUGUUUUAUGUGUAUGAAAAGUUCUCAUUGCUGAGAGCCAACAUAUUCUGUAGCGAAAGUCUUUCAAUCAAGUCUAGUUUUGUUUGCCUUGAAACUAACAAUAGUUCCAAUGACAACUUCCAGAAGAUUGUCUUUGUUCAUCUACUCUUACAUCAAUGUUAUCAUGCCGUUUCUCCUUUUCAUUGUGUGAAAAGUUUCUUCCACAUAGGAACAGGAGCUGUCUAUUCAAAUUUACAUUAGUUUGAUACCUUUAACCAAAAUCAUAUCCAUGGGGUAAUCAAAUAGAACAGACACCUAAUCUGCAGAGAAUAUAUGGCUAAUAAGCCAUUCGUGUAAAGCAACAUUCUUCUAGAAAGCAAUGGCCGACUCCUAAUGUCAACGAGAAUGAAUUCUGCAUCUACCCAAUUUGUUCCCUCUAGACGGAUGGGCAUACAUGAGCCUAUCCAUCAAAUGGCCAUGUGGGGAGAUUUCAAAGGUCUGGACACAUCUCCACCAAUGAUUCUAGAGGUUGAAGCUAAAUUAGACAACCAGUCAGAGGAUACUUCACAUGGAAUUGAUGGACCAUCCAAUAAAUAUGACCAAGAAGCAAGUAAACCAGCUGAUAAGGUAUUAAGACGCCUGGCACAAAACCGUGAGGCUGCUCGUAAAAGUCGUCUGCGGAAAAAGGCAUAUGUUCAGCAAUUGGAAAAUAGUAAAGUGAGACUUAUUCAGUUAGAGCAAGAGCUUGACCGUGCCCGCCGACAGGGUUUGCAUGUUGGUGGUGCUUUGGAUAAUAGUCAGCUAGGUUACUCUGGAACUACAAACCCAGGUAUUGCUACAUUUGAAAUGGAGUAUGGACGUUGGGUGGAAGAACAAAAUAGACAAAUCUCUGAUCUCAAGAAUGCAUUGCAUUCUGAUAUUGGAGAUGUGGAACUGCGCCUGUUUGUUGAGAGUGGAAUGAGGCAUUACUUUGAUCUCUUCACUAUGAAAGCAACGGCUGCUAGGUCUGAUGUAUUCUAUCUUAUGUCCGGCAUGUGGAAAACAGCGGCUGAACGUUUUUUCUUCUGGAUUGGGGGCUUUCGGCCUUCAGAACUUCUAAAGGUUCUCUUACCACAUCUGGAGCCACUGUCGGAACAACAACGUUUGGAUCUAUGUAAUCUCGGACAGUCGUGUCAGCAAGCGGAGGAUGCCUUAUCACAGGGAAUGGAGAAACUCCACCAAAUUAUUGCUGAAACCAUAGCCGCCCGUCUACUGGGCGACGAGAACUACUACCAACAAAUUGGUGCUGCCUAUGAGAAGUUAGAUGCUCUAGUUAGGUUUGUGGGUCAGGCAGAUCAUCUUCGGCAGGAAACCCUGCAGCAGAUUUCGCGCAUUCUCACCACUCGACAAGCAGCUCGAGGCCUCCUUGCCUUGGGGAUGUAUUUCCAACGUCUCCGAGAUCUAAGUUCACAUUGGUCUUCACAUCCGCGUGAAUCAACCUAGCCACGAAAAAUAAGCCGAAUUGUCAUUUUAGUUCAUUACCUAUGUAGCAAACUUAAUGUUAGCUUUUCUGCCAAUUUUUGAGCUGCUUCCUGUGAUUGAAAAUUUGUAAAUAUGAUUAGGUAGUCUAUAUCAUCAAGAGGAAAUGUCGGAUACUUUCCCUCCCUUUUUUUUUUUUUUUUUCUUCAAUCACCUGAUUAUGAACUUCAUUCUCUUCUGAGGUAUCUUUACGUCUAGUUUUACAGUCUGUCUGAAAUCUGUAUAUUUCCAGGCAUGGCUGUCUCUCUUUGUAUUCUGAGGGUCUGUAGUAUGUAAAAAACUAACAGCUUAGUUUGCAGUCUCCAUUUACAUUGUAGUUUCUGAAAUCUUAGCUGCUCCAACUGUAUGUAUGUGAGAUAAAGGAUAAGUUUUUCUUGUUCUUGUAAAGAUAUACGCAAAAUUCCUUUUACUCA